AUGAACUUGUUGCUCUUGACUCUUGGUACCUUUUGGGUUCAACUUCAUGGUGUCCCUGCCUUCUGCAUGACUAUCAUUGUUGCUAAAGCAAUUGGGGCUAUUCUUGGAGAAGUUCUUUGGGUGGAUAAUCGUGAUGGUACUUAUUGUGUAGGGCAUUUUAUCCGGAUUCAUUUAAGGUUUGAUGUCACCCAACCUCUUAUCCGCCUAACACCUGAUACAUUUCCUAAGGUGGGUGAGCGAAUAGUGAAUUUUAAGUAUGAGUAUCUCCCUGAAAAUUGUUUUGCGUGUGGCAAAAUUGGUCAUCUUACUCAGGUGUGUAUUGAUAAGUAUGAGCUUUCUCAAGGUUCUCUCACUCCAUCUUUGUUGGCACAAUUUUCCUCUGUUUUUGUUGAUCUAGAAGGUGGUACCAACUUGCGGGGAAAUUCUAUAGGUUCUUCUGCACAAAGUACAUUGACUCCUUCACCCCCACAUAAGACUCCAAUUCAUUCUCCUUAA